AUCAUGGGGCCAAUGUCUGUGUCUCCAACCCUGUUUCUCUUUCCACUCUAUCAAACAUAAACACAGAGAAGACAGAAUUUAAACACCAAAUCAAAAGCAGGAAACUCAAAACAACCCUUAAAUCAAUUCAUCCCGUAAUUUCCAAGUAAUCAUGAGGAAACCCUUUCUUUAAUCAACUCCUUAAACACACCCUUGGCACCAAAUUCAACCCACCACACAAAUUUUGACAAAUAAUUUCAUCAUCUUCUUCUUCUUCUCUGUCUCCGGAGCUUCGGAUUGAGGUCGAAAAUGAAGCUUUCGGCGUUGCAACAGAGCUAUCUCAACCGUCGAAGCAACAGCUUCAGAUCAUCGGGACCGCUGGAUUCUUCUACAGACAGCUCCAUCAAAUCACCCUCUGCAAUUUUCUGGCUCCUCCUCCAUUGUCUCUCUUGCCUAAUUAGCUUGGUCUUCGGCUUUCGUUUCUCUCGUUUGGUCUUCCUUUUGUUCUCCACUUCCUCCACCAACUUAUACACGUCGCCGUUUCACUCCUCUUCCGAACUCGCCAAAACGCUAGAUUUCCACUCCGUUCUGCCCACCAAGCCCGUCGGCAACAUUCCGUUACCGUCUCUUAACGAUACGGCUGCCAAUUCCCGUGUGGUUGUCGGGCGGCACGGGAUCCGGAUCCGACCGUGGCUGUACCCGAACCCGGUCGAGGUCUUGAAGGCGCACCGGAUUAUUGAAAGAGUUCAAACGGAGCAGAGGUUACAAUUCGGGUUGAAAGAUCCCAGGAAGAUAAUCAUGGUCACGCCGACGUAUGUACGGACUUUCCAAGCGCUGCAUUUGACUGGUGUGAUGCACUCGCUAAUGCUGGUUCCUUACGAUCUGGUGUGGAUCGUUGUGGAAGCUGGUGGCAUCAGCAACGAAACGGCAUCGCUUAUUGCCAAAUCCGAUUUGAAAACCAUCCACGUCGGCUUCAUUCAACGGAUGCCGAAUUCCUGGGACGAACGACAUAAAUUGGAGUCCAAGAUGCGGCUUCGUGCUUUAAGAAUUAUAAGAGAGAAGAAAUUGGAUGGAAUUGUAAUGUUUGCUGAUGAUAGUAAUAUGCAUAGUAUGGAACUUUUUGAUGAGAUCCAAAAUGUGAAAUGGUUCGGGGCAGUUUCGGUUGGAAUACUUGCUAACUCGGCUAGUAACGAUGAGAUGGUGGAUCGGAAGAAAGGGAAAGACGAGAAUCCUCUCAUGCCGGUUCAAGGUCCAGCUUGUAACGUGUCUAAUAUGUUGGCGGGGUGGCAUACAACUUUGCCCUUUGCAGGGAAAAGUGCUGUUUAUAUUGAUGAUAGAGCAACGGUGCUGCCUAGGAUGUUGGAGUGGUCCGGGUUUGUUUUGAAUUCUAGAUUGCUUUGGAAAGCUGGAGAUAAGCCGGACUGGAUUAAGGAUAUCGACGCAUUGGAUGGGGAUAUUGAGAAUCCCUUGGGUUUGCUUAAAGUCCCUUGGGUGGUGGAACCACUUGGAAGCUGUGGACGUCAAGGUUUGAUCUGGUGGCUUCGAGUUGAAGCUCGUGCUGAUAGCAAGUUCCCACCUAGUUAGCCAAUCGACCCACCUUUGGAGAUCACUGUUCCGUCAAAACGCACUCCAUGGCCAGAUACUUCCCUCGAACUCCCAAGAGCCAACAGUCGUGCUUGCUACAAAGACACGGACAUCCAGAUCAAAACGUCGAAGUAAAAGAAAGCAUGAUGAGGCAAGAGCAGACAGACGCACGGGCUUUCGACAAAGCAUUUUGAAACAAAACUAAAAUCUUUAGCUGGGAAUCUAUACCAUGCCUGAGUUGAAACAGCUGCACUCUGAAAUUUGAUCAAUAAUGGGGGAGUGCAGAUGGUCGUAUCAGGUGUUGGGUACAUAUUGAUAAGCACCUCUCACUGAAGGCAAGUUUAUACAUGAAUCUCUCUGUUCUGAGUUCUUGACUAUUCUUUUGUUUCUUUUUUCCCAUCCAUAGUUUCUUGGGGUGCUUGAUUAUGUGCUUCAUUUAGGAGGUAUGUAAGCCGAGUCGUUGGUGUUUUUUCUCUUUGAUUUUCUAAUUUAUACAUAAAUCUUGUAAUAGGGACUAUAGAGUUGUGUUCAGUAGUUGGUAGAUACAACAAGAAUAAUAAA